UGGCAACACUGAUUGCAGCGGCGGUAAAAUUUAAAAGCCUGUGCCGACUGUUAUCACUCUCUGAUCUACCGAUCAACAGACUUUUAUAUCUGCUACUGCUCUCUCUUCCAGAUUCCCAGACGUAGGCUAAUUAUUCCAAUAGACCGAAUGGCUCUCAAAUCCCUUUUGGACACCGAAUCAGCCAACCCCUACUUCAGGCCACCACCGCUGAAGAUUUCAGUGCUCAAAAUGAUUGAUUCCCCAAAAGUUAUUUCUUGGGAUUUCUCAACAGCAACUGUUAAACCAGCCGUCACUAAAUUUAACAAGACGGCUGUUCUUUCAGAUGGGCAACCAUGUACAAAAGUUACACUUUUCCAACAGUUUGCGGAGAAGAUUAAAGAGGGUUUCACAUAUAUUAUGAGGGGACACACAAUCAGGGGGAGCAACCCGCCAUACUUCCUCUACAUCACUGAAAGAACAAUGUUCUUUCGAACAACACCUAUGACCGUGUCAGAACAAUUGCACCAACAGGCAGAGGCCUUGCUUUGUCCACGAUCACCCCUGACUCCACUCCAUGAGUGCCACACAUCUGAGGGUCUCAUAACUCUAGAGGGCAAGGUGGUGGAGGUACUACCAGUCAAGAAGAUCAGACUUGAUGGUGACCACAUUGUACCCUUAAAAAAGGUGAAAUUACAGCAGGGUAGUGACAGCGUGGACCUCUGCCUCUGGCGGGAGGCGGCUUUGGAGCACCUGCAUGCUGGGCAGAAGAUCACAGUGACCCAUGUGAAGGCCACACAUGCCAACCUGCAGUCAACCAUCCACACUUCGUUUAAGAAACCAGAGACAUGAGAAAGGGAGGGCUCAGUCAUUGGGUGAUGGAGGAGCACCUGCAGGGUGAUGAUAUUGUUGUAAUCACUUUGUAAAUGUUCUUGGGUUUUUUGUUCUUGAUUUUACGUGUCUAAAUUUUUAAUAUAUUCCUAUUGUUCAUUUGUGUUAAUAUAUGAUAUGUUCCAAUCAGGGAGUUGUCAUAAGUUUGUAAAUGUUCUAAGGGUGUUUUGUUCAUGGAUUUAUGUGUUUUAAUAAUAUAAUGUUGUAUAUGUUGUUAUUGUUCAAUUUUGUUAGUAAAUGUGCUCUAACAAUUCUAGAUUUUUAUGAAUUCAUUGGUACUCAGCUCCGGAUCAAGUAGUCUAUUGUCAGUGCUUAAUUGUUUUCAUUGUAAUGCAGCUCCAACUGUGCCACCCCCCAGGACAUUUUCAUUGGUUUUCACAAUAGAAGACAAAUCUUAAUUCAUUGUACUUGAUGCCGAAUUUAAAAGAAGUAACCAAUUAGUUGCAAUUUUUCAUAAAUUUCCAAAAACUUGAUUAAGCUUCUCCUCAUGAUGCAACAACUCUUAAAAUCAUUCGAUUGGUAAGGGAGUCUAGGAUAUUGCUGUUACUAGUGACAUUCAUCACUUCAUUGUGUGGUCCAUCCAUAUCCAUGCCUUUUACGCACACACACGCACACACGCACACUCUCACACACACACACACACACACACACACACACACACACACACACACACACACACACACACACACACACACACACACACACCAAAAUCUCAUCCACUGUCCACUCCUGACCACACAAUAAGAUCUGUGUCACUAUUAUGUGCGAGGACUCUCUAUUAGUUCCGUGACCACACACACACACAAGAUUUUAACCAGGGGACAUUGUGUUUGCCAUGAGAUUCCCUCUAUCAAUUUGUUUUCUCAUACAACCAUGCUAAAGUUGACUUAAGGAUUACAGAAUUAGAGACACAUGACAAGACUACUGUUGGGCCAUCAGAUGUUUUUUUGUACUUACAUAAUUUUACUUCAAAUGUGUGUGUCAAGUCUUCUCACUUGUAUCAGUUCCUGUUUUUGGUGUGACUGGCUUGCACUGCUUCUUCCUUCCAGCUGCUUCAAUUUCUUAUUUUCUUUUGAAAAAAGGAAAUUCUCAUGUCUUGAAGUCCACUUUAGAAUUUAGCCUGAUCAGACACCUCACUGUGUUAUGGUUUGGGUUUCUUGUGCACAUUAACUAUUAGUAUGUAUCUGUCAAAUGACAUUUUCAGAUGCUUC